UACAGAAAAGCCAGUUCUUCCACAUGUAAGCUACUUAGACUCCAUUUCAUCUCUCAUACCACCUCCAAGAUUUCAGCAGCUUUUAUCCUUGCUGGAUAAACCAAAAGCAUGUUUCUUGCAAAGGCUCUAUUGGAAGGAGCAAAUCAAGGUCUUGGACAAGCCCUUGGAGGCCUUCUUGGAGGAGGCGAUCAGAGAAGAGGAGGAGGGAAUAUUGGAGGGAUAGUUGGAGGAAUUGUGAAUUUUAUCAGUGAAGCUGCGGCUGCUCAGUAUAGCCCAGAACCACCACCUACUCAGCAACAUUUCACCAACGUGGAGGCCAAUGAAAGUGAGGAAGUUAGGCGUUUUCGGCAACAGUUUGCUCAGCUGGCUGGACCAGACAUGGAGGUGGGUGCCACUGACCUAAUGAAUAUUCUCAACAAAGUCCUUUCUAAGCACAAGGAUCUGAAGUCUGACGGCUUUAGUCUUGACACCUGCCGGAGCAUUGUAUCUGUCAUGGACAGUGACACGACUGGGAAGCUGGGCUUUGAAGAAUUUAAGUAUCUCUGGAACAACAUCAAGAAAUGGCAGUGUGUUUACAAGCAGUAUGACAGAGACCAAUCUGGAUUUUUGGGAAGUUCUCAGCUUCGGGGGGCUCUGCAGGCAGCAGGCUUCCAGCUAAAUGAGCAACUUUACCAAAUGAUUGUCCGCCGGUACACCGAGGAGGAUGGAAGUAUGGACUUUAACAACUUCAUCAGCUGCCUGGUUCGCCUGGAUGCCAUGUUCCGUGCCUUCAAAUCCCUGGAUAGAGAUGCAGAUGGCCUGAUUCAGGUUUCUAUCCAAGAGUGGCUGCAGCUGACCAUGUAUUCCUGAAGUGGGCAUUAAGUCAGGCCCCUCCCUGGAGGAUAGGACUGCUAGAAGCCUAGCCAUUCUCUCUGCAUGGUUGCAGAUACCCCAUCUGGAGCUGUCAUUUUCUGCCGAGUUCUUUCACAACAGGACCUAUUUCUGAACUUGUGUUGCCCUUUAUUGCUUAAUUAAAACAGAUUUUUCAU